CCGGGCGCUUGAGCCAUGAUUGCCGCGGCUUUCCUGGUCCUGCUGAGACCCUACAGCAUCCAGUGCGCCCUCUUCUUGCUCCUGCUGCUGCUGGGGACCAUUGCCACGAUUUUAUUCUUCUGCUGUUGGCACCGCAGGCUCCAGAAAGGGAGGCAUCCCAUCAAAUCCGUCUUUUCAGGUCGCUCAAGGAGCCGAGAUGCUGUCAUGAGAACUCAUCACUUUCGCUCUGAGGGCUUUAGAUCCAGUCCUCGCCAUGCCAGGAGACGUGUAACACCUCGCCUGGAGGAAACACAGCCUGUGGUGGAAGCUCACCAUCUAAGUGAGCAGGAAACUUCUGUAAGAAAAAGAAAAAUCAAGAAAAGCAGCCGAGUCCAACCAGAAUUUUACCAUUCUGUUCAAGUCACCCCAACUCGAAAACCUAGCUCCGGCAACGCGUCCUACCGAUGCUCCAUGUCGUCCUCCGCCGAUUUCUCCGACGAGGAGGACUUCAGCCAGAGAUCGGGGACGGUGUCGCCGGCGCCGGGGGACACGCUGCCCUGGAACCUGCCCAAACACGAGCGGUCCAAGCGGAAGAUCCAGGGCGGCUCGCAAUGUGACUCCUAUAAAAAAGCUGUGCUUUCCAAUGCCAAUGAGCGUGACAAAGUACAGAAGAAGACAUUCACAAAAUGGAUAAAUCAGCAUCUCAUGAAGGUUCGAAAGCAUGUGAAUGACCUAUAUGAAGACCUAAGAGAUGGACAUAACUUAAUCUCACUUCUAGAAGUCCUCUCUGGAGACACCUUGCCCCGAGAAAAAGGUCGGAUGCGUUUUCACAGACUGCAGAACGUCCAAAUUGCACUUGACUAUUUGAAAAAGCGCCAGGUGAAACUGGUUAACAUCAGAAAUGAUGAUAUCACAGAUGGGAAUCCCAAAUUGACUUUGGGGUUGAUAUGGACCAUAAUUUUGCACUUUCAGAUAUCUGAUAUCCAUGUUACUGGGGAGUCAGAGGACAUGUCUGCUAAAGAGAGACUGCUCCUGUGGUCGCAGCAAACAACAGAGGGUUAUGCUGGAAUACGUUGUGAAAACUUUACCACCUGCUGGCGCGAUGGAAGGUUAUUUAAUGCCAUCAUUCAUAAAUACAGGCCGGACCUGAUAGACAUGAAUACCGUUGCUGUUCAAAGCAACCUUGCAAAUUUAGAACAUGCUUUUUUUGUAGCAGAAAAACUUGGUGUUGCCAGACUUCUGGAUCCUGAAGAUGUUGAUGUUUCCUCACCUGAUGAGAAGUCAGUAAUAACUUAUGUGUCAUCACUUUAUGAUGCAUUUCCCAAAGUACCAGAAGGUGGUGAAGGCAUCAGUGCAAAUGAUGUUGAAGUCAAAUGGGUUGAAUAUCAGAAUAUGGUGAACUACCUCAUGCAGUGGAUCAGACACCAUGUCACGAUAAUGUCUGACAGAACAUUUCCCAACAAUCCCGUGGAAUUGAAGGCACUUUAUAAUCAAUAUUUGCAGUUUAAAGAAACAGAAAUUCCACCGAAGGAGACAGAUAAAUCAAAAAUUAAACACCUAUAUAAACUGCUAGAGGUCUGGAUAGAAUUUGGACGCAUCAAACUUUCUCAAGGCUACCAUCCAAAUGAUAUAGAAAAAGAAUGGGGAAAGCUGAUUAUUGCCAUGCUGGAAAGAGAGAAGACCCUUCGGCCUGAAGUGGAGAGGUUGGAAAUGCUGCAGCAAAUUGCGAACAGAAUUCAGCGAGACAGCCGGAGCUGUGAGGACAAACUGAUACUUGCCCGGAAUGCUCUGCAGUCUGACACCAAGCGAUUGGAGUCAGGGCUCCAGUUCCAACAUGAAGCAGAGAUAGCUGGGUAUCUUCUUGAAUCUGAGAAUCUUCUCCGCCAGCAAGUGAUUGAUGCCCAAAUUCUUAUUGAUGGAAAAUACUAUCAAGCAGACCAGCUUGUUCAAAGAGUGGCAAAGCUUCGUGAUGACCUGAUGGCCAUACGGACGGAAUGUUCUUCUGUGUACAACAAGGGGCAUGCACUGACCACAGAGCAGACAAAGCUGAUGAUAUCAGGAAUAACCGAAAGCUUAAACUCAGGAUUUACAACAAGCCUAACGCCUGAAUUAAAUGCUGCAAUGACACAAGGUUUAACACCUACUUUGACUUCUUCCAGUUUGACAUCUGGCCUUUCAUCAGGUAUGGCUUCCAGACUGACACCAACCAUCACUCCCGCUUACCCAUCAGGCAUCCCACCACGGUUAAUUCAGAGCUACGUGACAGGAGUAGACAGUGGGACUCUGCAAACACUCAAACUGACGCAAAUUAGAAAACCUCGGAUGAAAUCAGCUUUUGUGGAUCAGAAUUUGACGGAAGAAGAGGUGAACAUGAAGUUUGUCCAGGACCUGUUGAGCUGGGUAGAAGAAAUGCAGGUUCAACUUGAUCGAGCAGAAUGGGGUUCAGAUUUGCCAAGUGUUGAAAGCCAUUUAGAAAAUCACAAAAAUGUCCACAAAGCUAUUGAGGAAUUUGAAUCCAGCCUUAAAGAAGCCAAGAUCAGUGAGAUCCAAAUGACUGCCCCUCUUAAACUCAGUUAUGCAGAAAAACUGCACAAACUGGAGAGUCAAUAUUCAAAACUCUUGAACACAUCAAGAAAUCAGGAAAGACAUCUAGAUACUCUUCACAAUUUUGUGUCUCGUGCUACUAGAGAAUUGAUAUGGCUGAAUGAAAAAGAAGAGGAAGAGGUUGCAUAUGACUGGAGUGAAAGAAACCCCAAUAUAACAAGAAAAAAGGAAUACCAUGCAGAAUUAAUGAGAGAACUUGAUGAAAAAGAAGAAGUUAUUAAAUCAGUACAAGAAAUAGCUGAGCAAUUGCUUCUUGAAAACCACCCAGCCAGGCUAACCAUUGAGGCCUAUAGAGCUGCGAUGCAGACACAAUGGAGCUGGAUUCUUCAGCUCUGCCACUGUGUUGAACAACAUUUGAGAGAAAAUGCUGCAUAUUUUGAGUUUUUCAGCGAUGCCAAAGAAGCCAUGGAAUAUUUGAAGAAUUUAAAAGAUACCAUAUACCGAAAAUACAGUUGUGAUAGAUCAAGUGGUCUUCAUAGGCUGGAAGACCUUGUCCAGGAGUCUAUGGAAGAAAAAGAACAACUCUUGCAGUAUAAGAGCACAGUAGCAGGCCUUGUGGGAAGAGCAAAGGCAAUAAUUCAGCUGAAGCCAAGGAACCCUGACUGUGUACUCAAAACAUCCAUUCCAAUUAAAGCCAUCUGUGACUAUAGACAAAUUGAGAUAACUAUUUACAAAGACGAUGAGUGUGUAUUAGCAAACAACUCCCAUCGUGCUAAAUGGAAAGUCAUUAGUCCAAGUGGUAAUGAGGCCAUGGUUCCAUCUGUAUGCUUUACAGUUCCUCCACCAAACAAAGAAGCAAUAGAUACGGCCAACAGGAUUGAGCAGCAAUUUCAGAAUGUCCUGGCCCUUUGGCAUGAGUCACAUGUAAACAUGAAGAGUGUGGUGUCCUGGCAUUACCUGACAAAUGAAAUUGAAGCUGUUCGAGCUGGCAAUGUUGCCUCAAUAAAGACAAUGCUGCCAGGUGAACAUCAGCAGGUUCUAAGCAAUUUACAGUCCCGCUUUGAUGAUUUUGUGGAAGACAGCCAGGAGUCCAAAAUCUUUACAAGCUCCGAUACGGCACAGCUGGAGAGGGAGGUUAAUGUUUGCAAGCAAUACUAUCAAGAGCUUCUCAAGUCUGCAGAAAGAGAGGAGCAGGAAGAAUCUAUUUACAAUCUGUACAUCUCUGAAGUCAGAAAUAUCAGACUUCGGCUGGAGAGCUGUGAGGAGAGGUUAAUACGGCAGAUCCGGACGCCAAUGGAAAGGGACGAUGUACAUGAAAAUGUGCUUAGGAUUUCAGAGCAAGAGAAACUGAAGAAAGAACUGGAUCGACUAAAGGAUGACUUGGGAGUCAUCACAGAUAAAUGCGAGGAGUUUUUCAGUCAAGCUGCUGGUUCACCUUCAGUCCCUACUCUGCGCUCUGAACUCAAUGUUGUUAUCCAAAACAUGAACCAAGUUUACUCCAUGUCUUCCAUUUUCAUAGAUAAAUUAAAAACUAUAAAUUUGGUGCUGACGAACACCCAGACAGCAGAAUCAUUAGUAAAACACUAUGAAACUAAAUUGUGUGAAGAAGAGGCAGUAACGGCUGACAAAAACAAUAUUGAAAAUCUGAUGGGUACAUUAAAGCAAUGGAGAUCUGAAGUAGAUGAGAAAAGACAAACAUUCCAUGCCUUAGAAGAUGAACUGCAGAAGGCAAAGAUGAUCAGUGAUCAGAUGUUUAAAAUGCACAAGGAACGUGAUCUUGACUUUGACUGGCAUAAAGAAAAAGUUGAUCAGUUGGCUGAGAGGUGGCAAAAUGUUCAUUCUCAAAUUGAAAAUAGGUUGCGUGACUUAGAAGGUAUUAAUAAAUCUCUGAAGUAUUAUAAAGAUACUUACAAUUCUUUGGACACUUGGAUUCAACAAGUGGAAGAUACUCAGCGAAAGAUUCAAGAAAUACAUCCUGAGAAUAGCAAAGCAUUGGCUAAGCAAUUGAACCAACAUAAGAUGCUGGUUUCUGAGAUUGAAAUGAAGCAAAGCAAAAUAGAUGAAUGCCAGAAGUAUUCAGAACAAUACUCAGCUGCUGUGAAGGACUAUGAGUUGCAGACCAUGACCUACAGAGCUAUGGUUGACUCCCAGCAAAAAUCUCCAGUAAAGCGCCGAAGAAUGCAAAGCUCAUCAGACUUCAUUAUUCAAGAGUUCAUGGAUCUACGGACUCGGUACACUGCCUUAGUGACCUUGAUGACCCAAUACAUUAAGUUUGCAGGUGAUUCUUUGAAAAGACUGGAAGAAGAAGAGAAAUCAAUGGAAGAGGAAAAGAAGGAACAUGUUGAGAAAGCUGGGGAUUUACUGAAAUGGGUGUCAAACCUCAGCAAGACACUCAGCAAAGAAGAAGGAGAAAAGGCUGAAAAGACAGAUUUACCUAAGCAGCAGAUUUCCCUUCAUGAAAUGUCAACCAAGAAAGAACAAAUAGCUGAAGCUCUGCAGACUACACAGUCAUUUUUAGCUAAGCACAGUGACAAAAUGACAGAUGAGGAGAGACAUGAAAUGGAAAAGCAAGUUAGAUCCCUCCAGGAAAGCUACAGCUUGUUAUCCAAUGAAGCUUUGAAGCAGCUGCAGGAAGCCCAUCUGGGUGAUGAAAAGAUGGAAGAAAAGGAUGUGGCUGAACGGCAGCAGGAAUGCAAAGAGAAACUGCAGGAAAUCUGUGAUUUGCUUACACAGACUGAAAAUCGACUCAUCGGACAGCGACAGUCUCUUGUUAUUGGAGACAGCAAGGCUGAGCUGGAACAAUACCAGACCAAACAGGAGGUAUGCACAGCUCUAGUCAGAGAAGUGAAAGAAGAUAUUGAGUUUAUGAUAGUUAAAGGACUGAAGGAUUUGAAGAGAGAGAGUUCCAAUGAAGUUAAUUGGGAAGAUCUCAUGAAUAAUUUGACAAUUCUGGAGCAGAAACUAAAUGAAGCUAAGACAAAGUGUUUGCUCCUUAGCCAGAAGGCAGAAGAGUCCAAAAAAGAACUGGAUAAAGCUAUGACAACAGCAAUUAAGCAGGAAACAGAAAAGGUUGCAGCCAUAGAACAGCUGGAAGAAAGCAAAAAUACAAUAGAAAAUCUUUUGGAUUGGUUAUCAAAUGUGGAUAAAGAAGCAGAGCAUGGCCGGAAGUUUAAGCAAGUGAUAGAACAGAAUGGAACACACUUUGAAGAAGGAGAUGUGAAAGUUUUGGAAGGAGAGGAGGAUGAUGUCAAUGGUAAUUUGCUGGAAGACAUUGAAACUCAGGUGGAUGGACUAGUAAAAAGCAUAGAUGAUAAUCUGAACCAGCAGUAUCAGAAAGUCAAGGCUCAACAUGAGAAAAUUAUUUCACAGCAGCAGGCUAUCAUAGUAGCAACUCAGUCUGCUCAGACACUGCUUGAGAAACAAGGGCACUACCUUACCCCUGAAGAAAAAGACAAGAUGCAAAGGAACAUGAAAGAGCUGAAGGCUCAGUAUGAGACUGCUUUGGCUGAAUCAGAACGAAAAAUGAAAUUGACCCAUUCUCUAAGGGAGGAAUUGGAGAAAUUCGAUGCAGACUAUAGUGAAUUUGAAAUGUGGCUGCAGCAGGCAGAACAAGAACUUGACAAUUUGGAGGCAGGUGCUUCUGACUUCAGUGGUAUCAUGGUCAAACUGAAAAGGCAGAAGAGUUUUUCAGAAGAUGUUAUCUCUCACAAAGGUGAUUUACGCUAUAUCACAAUUUCUGGACAAAGAGUUUUGGAUGCUGCAAGGUCAUGUAGCAAAAGAGAUGGUGUGAAGGUUGACAAAGAUGGUAUAGAUACUUCGGCUACAUAUGCUGAAGUGCAAAAUAAACUGGAUAGAGCUUCAGAUCGCUUCAAAUCUCUCUAUACUAAGUGUAGCAUCCUUGGAAAUAACCUUAAAGACCUGGUGGAUAAAUACCAGCAUUAUGAAGAUGCCUCAUCUGGACUUUUGUCAGGUCUCCAGGCCUCUGAAAUAGCUGUGAGCAAACAAUUAUCAGAGCCAAUUGCAGUAGAUCCCAAAAAUCUCCAAAGACAACUUGAAGAAACUAAGGUUCUUCAGGGACAAGUGUCUAAUCACCAAAUUGCUGUAGAAAAACUGAAAAAAGCUGCUGAAGUAUUAUUGGACACAAGGGGAGAGUUGACACCAGACAAAGAUGAGAUUCAGAAAACACUGGAUGAUAUUGUGGAAAGAUAUGACAAUUUGUCUAAAUCUGUGAAUGAAAGGAAUGAGAAGCUUCAAGUAACUCUGACACGAUCCCUAAGUGUGCAGGAUGGUUUGGAUGAAAUGCUGGAUUGGAUGGAAGGAGUUGAAAAGAGCCUUAAAGAGCAAGAUCAAGUGCCUUUGAAUUCUGCUGCUAUUCAGGACAUUAUUAGUAAAAGCAUCAUGCUAGAACAAGACAUUGCUGGUCGCCAAAGUAGUAUAAACACUAUGAAUGAAAAAGUGAAGAAGUUCAUGGAAACAGCAGAUCCGUCCACUGCAUCCACACUGCAAGCUAAAAUGAGUGAACUUGCAGGACGGUUUUCUGAAGCAAGUAACAAGCAUAGGGAGAAGCUUAUGAAAAUGGAGGAAUUGAAGACUAAAGUGGAGUUAUUCGAAGGUCUGUCAACAAAACUUCAAUCAUUUCUAGAUGAGAAAAACCAGGCACUCAGUGAGACGGAGGCACUGAGAAAGGAUGUUAGUGAAGUGUCUCAAUACAUGCAGGAAGCUGGUGUAGAGUUGGCACAACACAAGAGGGAUCUGGAAGUUUUGAAGCAGCUCCUUGAAGAACUUUCGUUCCAUGCUCUUCCUGGAGAUAAAGCACUGGUAUUAGAGAAAGUAAAUGCUUUGUCAAAGAAAUUCAAAGAGGUAGAGGAGACAAUAAAAGAAAAAGAAGAGGAUGUAUCAUCUUGUCAGAAACAAAUGGAUGCUUUUGAGCUCCUAGUAGAAUCAUUAAAGAAAUGGAUAAAGGAGACGUCAGAACGAAUUCCAGCAGCACAGCCCUCUCUGAAUACAGAGGAGUUAAAGAAACCUUUGGAAGAUACAUUGAAUUUAAAAGAUGAAUGGACAUUAAAGGCACCUGAACUGCAGAAAAUGAAUAGCAGAGGAACUUUGCUGUGUAACUUAAUCACUGCUGUGACUUCUCCUGCAAAACUGAGAGCAGUUGCCAAAUCAGGUGGCACAAUUUUAAAUGGUGAAGGAGGAGCUCCAGGAACUCAGGACUUCUUGAAAAAUAAAGAACUGACAACUGUUCAACAAGCUAUGUCUAAUAUAAAUCACAGCUAUGAAGAUUUGGGAGUUUUAUUGAAUGAAAAGAUUUCAGAACUAGAAAGUAUGCUUUCAAAAAUGCAAAAUAUUCAGGAAGAAUCAGCCUCAAUGAUGCAUUGGUUGCAAAAAAUGGACAAAACUGCAUCAGACUGGGAAGCUGCUCCAACAGACAGUGAAGCAGUUAAAGCCCAAGUCGAGCAACAUAAGCUUUUUGAAACUGAAUUAAAGCAAAGUGCAAAUAAGGUGCAGGAAUUAAAGGACAAAGUUACAGAGCUGUUGGAGAAGAACCCUGACUCUCCUGAGGCACCUAAGUGGAGACAAACAUUGGAUAAAAUAGAUUCCAAAUGGAAAGAACUCAAUAAAGUUACAUCUGAGAGACAACAAAAACUGGAGGAGUCUUCAAAUUACCUGAUCCAGUUCCAGACAGCAGAAGCUCAGCUAAAGCACUGGCUUGUAGAAAAGGAGCUAAUGGUCAGUGUGCUGGGACCAUUAUCAAUUGAUCCUAAUAUGCUGAAUACACAAAAGCAGCAGGUUCAGAUUCUGCUCAAAGAGUUUGACACCAGAAAGCCACAAUAUGAGCAGUUAACUAUGGCUGGGCAGGGGAUUCUGGAGAGACCUGGUGAACAUCCACCCUCACAUGAAACUGUGAAAGAGCAACUGGCAGCUGUGGCACAGAAGUGGGACAGUCUCACCAGCCAGCUGAAGAAGAGAUGUGACCGAAUUGACCAAGCCAUUGUGAAAAGCACAGAGUAUCAAAGCUUACUCAGAAGUCUGUCUGAUAAGCUAAGUGCCUUGGAUAGUAAACUCAGCAGCAGCCUGGCUGUGAGUACACAACCUGAUGCUGUGAAACAACAGCUGGAAAUUGCUAAAGAAAUGAAGGAGGAAAUAGAACGGGAAAAGAAGAAUAUAAAUGCAGCACAAGCUCUUUGUGAAGAGCUGUCAACACUGGUUGGGGAAGAGUAUUUGAAAGCAGAACUUACAAGACAGUUAGACGGCAUCUUAAAAUCGUUUAAGGAUAUUGAGCAAAAAUCAGAUAACCAUGUUCAGCAGCUUCAGUCAGCAUAUGCCUCUUCUCAUCAGUUCCAACAAAUGUCUAAGGACUUUCAGGCCUGGCUAAGCAAAAAGAAAGAAGAGCUGAACCAGGCUCGUCCUGUGUCAGCCAAACUUGAUGCCUUGCAAUCACUAAUUGAAGAACAGAAAGAUUUUAAGAAGACAAUGACUGAUCAGAUUGGUUCAUAUGAAAGAAUUGUUGCAGAAGGAGAAAGUAUUUUACAGAAGACUCAAGGAGAUGACAAAGCAGAAUUACAAUCCCAAAUUGCCACACUCAGGAGUAACUGGGAUGAAAUGAAUAAACAGGUAAAAGAAAGGGAAGAUAAACUGGCAGAUUGUCUGGAGAAAGCCCUCAAAUAUAAGCACCAUGUAGAAAAUCUGCAGCCAUGGAUAGAGAAAUGCCAAAGCAACCUGUGUGAAUUAAAAGUUGGCAUAAACCCAGUUGAAAUAGAGGAUUCUAUUGUUCAGGUAAGGGCGUGGCAGAAGGACCUGGAUAAACACCAUGGGAUGGUGGAACUCUUAAAUAAUUCUGCUGAAAGUUUGCUCAGUGCAAGUCAAACAGAUAAAGAAAUUGUACAAGAACAAACUAAGGUGCUGAAUCAGAAUGUGAAAGUGGUUACAGAACAGUUACAUAAAAAGAGAGAGUGCUUGGAAAACAUGGCACAAAGACUGAAAGAGUUUCAGGACUCAUCCAGAGAAACUGAAAGACAGCUUAAAAGUGCCAAAGAGCAUCUGGAAGCUCAUGACUCACUUGGACCUCAGUCAUUCAGUAACAAACACCUGACAAUGAUGCAGGCCCAGCAGAAAGCCUUGCAAGCUUUAAAGCCUCACGUUGAUCUAGCAAAAAAGCUUGCCCAAGACCUGGUGGUAGAGGCUUCUGAUUCAGCAGGCGUUUCUGACCUCUUACUCCAAGCCGAAUCUUUGGAGCAAGAAUACACUGCAGUGAAGCAGCAAGUUGAGGAUAGGUGCUCAUUCCUGGAGACCAAACUUCAGGGAAUUGGCCAUUUCCAAAACAGCAUCCGAGAGAUGUUCUCUCAGUUUGCAGAGUUUGAUGAUGAGCUUGAUAGCAUGGCUCCAGUGGGGAGAGAUCUCAAGGUACUGCAAUCUCAGAGAGAGGACAUAAAAUGUUUCAUGAAAAAGUUGGAGGAUCUUAUAGUGAAUAAUGAAAACGCUAAUAAAAACUGUAAAAUUAUGCUAGCCACAGAAGCUGAAGCUUCUCCUGAUCUUGUUGGUAUAAAGAGAGACUUGGAAGCUCUAAAUAAACAGUGCAACAAGCUACUAGACAGAGCAAAAGCCAGGGAAGAUCAGGUGGAGGGUACCAUUUGCCGUGUUGAGGAGUUUUACAGUAAACUAAAAGAAUUUUCCACUCUGCUUGGGAGAGCUGAAGAACAUGAAGAGUCACAAGGUCCUGUUGGAAUGGAAACAGAGGCUAUUAAUCAGCAGCUGAAUACAUUCAAGGUAUUCCAGAAAGAAGAAAUUGAACCUUUGCAAGUUAAACAACAGGAAGUAAAUUGGUUGGGUCAGGGCCUUAUUCAGAGUGCUGCUAAAAGUACCAACACAGAGAACCUUGAACACGACCUUGAAGAUGUCAACACCCGAUGGAAGACUCUUAAUAAGAAGGUUGCUCAGCGUGCUGCACAAUUGCAGGAAGCUCUCCUCCACUGUGGGAGAUUUCAGGAUGCCCUUGAAUCUCUGCUUAGCUGGCUCAUUGAUACAGAAGAUCUUGUGGCUAAUCAGAAACCACCAUCUGCUGAAUUCAAAGUUGUCAAGGCCCAAAUACAAGAACAGAAGCUUCUCCAGAGGCUGCUGGAUGACCGCAAGCCUACUGUUGAGGCAAUCAAGCGCGAAGGGGAGAAAAUUGCGGAGUCAGCAGAGCCUGCUGAUAGAGUGAAAAUCCUGAAACAGCUGAGUUUCCUGGAUAGUCGAUGGGAUGCCUUGCUCAGUAAAGCUGAAACAAGGAACCGUCAGCUGGAAGGCAUCUCGGUGGUAGCACAGCAGUUCCACGAGGCUCUGGAGCCACUGGUGGAGUGGCUGACAACCACAGAGAAGAGGCUUGCAAAUGCAGAACCUAUUGGAACACAGGCCUCCAAACUGCAGCAGCAGAUUUCUCAGCAUAAAGCCCUAGAAGAUGAUGUCCUAGCUCACAAUAAGAGUUUACAUCAGGCCAUUAGCGCUGGCCAGUCUCUAAAGACUAUGAGCUCCAGGGAAGAUAAAGAUAUGGUGCAGGAAAAGCUAGAUUCUGCUCAGGCACGAUACAUUGAAAUUCAAGAGAGGAGCAACAGCAGGUCUGAACUUCUCCAGCAAGCUUACAGCAAUGCUCAGAUUUUUGGGGAGGACGAAGUUGAAUUGAUGAACUGGCUGAAUGAAAUCCAUGAUAAGCUGAACAAAUUGUCAGUCCAAGAUUGCAACACAGAAUUGCUUGAGAAACAGCACUCUGAACUACUGGAUCUUCAAGAAGAGAUUCUUCUUAGAAAACAAAAUGUUGAUUUGGCUAUACAAAAUGGCUUAGAGCUUCUCAAGCAAACAACAGGUGAUGAAGUUGUAAUUGUUCAAGAUAAACUGGAAGGCAUUAAAGCAAGAUACAAAGACAUUACAAAAUUAAGUUCUGAUGUAUCCAAGACUUUAGAGCAGGCACUGCAGCUUGCAGGCCAACUGCACUCAACUCAUGAAGAACUCUGCAAAUGGCUUGAUGAAGUAGAGAUGGAGUUACUCUCAUAUGAAACACAGAUACCAAAGGGUGAAGAAUUAAGCCAAGUACAAGAAAGACAAAAAGAGCUGAAAAAAGAAGCAAAGAACAACAAAGGCUUAGUGGACACUCUAAAUGAAGUUGGCAGUGCCUUCCUGGAGCUGGUGCCAUGGAGGGCCAGAGAGGGGCUGGACAAGAUGAUAACAGAGGACAACGAACGUUACAGAUUAGUGAGUGACACGAUCUCUCAGAAGGUGGAUGAGAUUGAUGCAGCCAUCCUGAGAUCCCAGCAGUUUGAUCAAGCAGCUGAUGCUGAAUUUGCCUGGAUUGCAGAAACAGAAAAGAAACUGAUGUCUCUGGGUGAUAUUAGGCUUGAGCAAGACCAGACCACUGCUCAGCUGCAAGUUCAAAAGGCUUUUACCAUGGAGAUUUUAAGGCACAAAGAUGCUAUAGAUGAACUUGUUAAAUCCGGGGAUAAGAUUAUGAAAACAUGCACUGAAGAAGAGAAACAGAUGAUGAAGAAAAAAAUUGAAAGCCUCUUACAGAAGUACGAUGCAGUCUGUCAGAUGAACUCAGAGAGAAAUCUCCAGCUGGAACGGGCUCAGUCUCUGGUUAACCAGUUCUGGGAGACUUAUGAAGAGCUUUGGCCAUGGUUAACUGAAACAGAAAUGAUCAUCUCUCAGCUUCCUGCACCAGCCCUUGAAUAUGAAACAUUAAAGCAACAACAAGAAGAACAUAGGCAACUGCGUGAGCUGAUUGCUGAGCACAAGCCUCAUAUAGAUAAGAUGAACAAAACUGGGCCUCAGUUGCUGGAGCUGAGCCCAGGAGAAGGCUUUUCUAUCCAAGAGAAAUAUGUGGCAGCUGACACCCUUUACAGUAAAAUUAAGGAAGAUGUCAAAAAGCGAGCACUGGCACUGGAUGAAGCCAUUUCUCAGUGUACCCAGUUUCAUGACAAGAUAGAUCCAACUCUUGAGAGUCUGAAACGCAUAGUUGAACGUCUGAGGCAGCCACCUUCCAUCUCGGCAGAGGUUGAGAAGAUAAAAGAGCAGAUCAGUGAGAAUAAGAAUGUGUCAGUGGAUCUGGAAAAGCUUCAGCCCGUGUAUGAGACACUUAAACAGAGAGGGGAGGAAAUGAUUGCUCGCUCAGAAGGUGCUGAUAAGGAUAUGUCUGCUAAAGCUGUUCAAGAUAAACUAGACCGAAUGGUCCUAAUUUGGGAAGACAUCCAGACCUUGACUGAGGAAAGAGAGGCCAAACUAUUGGAUGUAAUGGAACUAGCUGAGAAGUUUUGGUGUGAUCAUAUGGCUCUUGUAGCUACUAUUAAAGAUACUCAGGACUUCAUUCGAGAACUGGAGGGACCUGGAGUUGACCCAUCUGUAGUCAAGCAACAGCAAGAAGCUGCAGAGGCUGCUAAAGAAGAAAUUGAUGGACUACAAGAAGAACUAGAAGCAGUUGUGAGCCUUGGCUCUGAGCUGAGAGCUGCUUGUGGAGAGCCUGACAAACCUAUUGUCAACAAGAGUAUAGAUGAGCUGAAUUCUGCCUGGGAUGCAUUAAACAAAACAUGGAAAGAACGUGUGGAUAAGCUUGGGGAAGCUAUGCAGGCAGCUGUUCAAUACCAAGAUGGACUACAGGCAUUAUUUGACUGGGUAGACAUUGCUGGCAGCAAGUUAGCAUCUAUGUCCCCAGUUGGAACAGAUCUGGAGACAGUGAAGCAGCAAACGGAGGAACUUAAGCAAUUUAAGACAGAAGCUUAUCAGCAGCAGAUAGAAAUGGAAAGACUGAACCAUCAGGCAGAACUAUUGCUCAAGAAGGCAACACAAGAGAGUGACAAGCACACUGUUCAAGACCCUCUCUCAGAGCUCAGACUAUUGUGGGACAGCCUAGAAGACAAAAUUAUAAGUAGACAGCACAAGCUGGAAGGUGCCUUGUUAGCCUUGGGGCAGUUCCAGCAUGCCCUGGAUGAGUUACUGGCAUGGCUGACGCACACAGAAGACUUGCUGAAUGAACAGAAACCCGUGGGUGGAGACCCCAAGGCUAUUGAAAUUGAACUUGCCAAACAUCAUGUGCUACAAAAUGAUGUUUUCGCCCAUCAGUCUACGGUGGAAGCUGUUAAAAAAGCAGGAAAUGACCUGAUUGAAUCAAGUGCUGUUGAAGAAGCAAGUAAUUUACGGAGCAAGUUGGAACUCCUGAAUCAGCGCUGGCAAAAGUUGUUGGAAAAAACAGAACAAAGGAAACAGCAGCUGGAUAGUGCCUUGAUCCAGGCUCAAGGUUUCCAUGGUGAAGUUGAGGAUCUGCAGCAAUGGCUGACAGACACUGAACGUCAGCUGUUGGCAUCAAAACCUGUUGGAGGCUUACCAGAAACAGCAAGAGAGCAGCUUAAUGCACAUAUGGAACUUUGUGCUGCCUUUGAGGCCAAAGAAGAGACAUACAAGUGUCUAAUGCAGAAAGGCCAGCAGAUGCUUGCAAGAUGCCCAGAAUCUGCUGAAACAAAUGUUGAGCAGGACAUAAAUAACUUAAAAGAAAAAUGGGAGUCCGUGCAAACAAAACUCAGUGAAAGAAAAACCAAACUGGAAGAAGCCCUCAAUUUAGCAAUGGAGUUCCACAACUCACUUCAAGAUUUCAUCAACUGGCUUACUCAGGCUGAGCAGACUCUAACUGCAGCUUCUCGGCCAAGUCUUAUCUUGGACACUGUCUUAUUUCAAAUUGAUGAACACAAGGUUUUUGCCACAGAAGUGAACUCUCAUCGAGAUCAGAUCAUAGAGCUGGACAAAACUGGAACCCAUCUGAAAUAUUUCAGCCAGAAACAGGACGUUGUCCUUAUUAAGAAUCUGUUGAUUAGUGUACAGAGUCGAUGGGAAAAAGUAGUCCAACGCUUAGUUGAAAGGGGAAGAGCUUUGGAUGAUGCAAGGAAAAGAGCCAAACAGUUCCAUGAAGCCUGGCAUAAACUUAUGGAAUGGCUGGAAGAAUCAGAGAAAUCUUUGGACUCAGAUCUUGAAAUUGCAAAUGACCCUGACAAAAUAAAGAUGCAGCUUGCACAGCAUAAGGAAUUCCAGAAAUCUCUUGGUGCCAAACAUUCUGUGUAUGAUACCACAAAUAGGACUGGACGUUCCUUGAAAGAGAAAACCACCUUGGCUGACGACAAUUUGAAACUUGAUGACAUGCUGAGUGAACUAAGAGAUAAAUGGGAUACAAUUUGUGGAAAAUCAGUGGAAAGACAAAAUAAACUGGAGGAAGCCCUGCUAUUUUCAGGACAGUUCACUGAUGCUCUGCAAGCUCUCAUUGAUUGGUUAUACAAAAUUGAACCUCAGCUAGCAGAAGACCAACCAGUGCAUGGAGACAUUGAUUUAGUAAUGAAUCUGAUUGACAACCACAAGGUUUUCCAGAAGGAGCUGGGAAAAAGAACAAGCAGUGUCCAGGCUCUGAAGCGCUCUGCAAGGGAGCUGAUAGAAGGCAGUCGUGAUGACUCUUCCUGGGUCAAAGUGCAAAUGCAGGAGCUAAGCACUCGCUGGGAGACAGUUUGUGCCCUGUCAGUAUCCAAGCAAACACGACUGGAACAGGCCCUCCGGCAGGCAGAAGAAUUCCACUCAGUUGUCCAUGUCCUUUUGGAGUGGCUGGCAGAGGCAGAGCAGGCUCUUCGUUUCCACGGCAUCCUUCCAGACGAUGAAGAGGCCUUGCGAACACUGAUAGAGCAGCACAGGGAAUUUAUGAAGAAACUGGAAGAGAAAAAGGCAGAACUGAAUAAAGCAACAGGUAUGGGAGAAGCUAUUCUGGCUAUCUGCCACCCAGACUCCAUCACCACCAUUAAGCACUGGAUAACAAUCAUCAGAGCCAGGUUUGAAGAGGUCUUGGCAUGGGCUAAACAACAUCAACAGAGACUAGCAGGAGCUCUGGCUGGACUUAUUGCUAACCAGGAGCUGCUGGAAGCCUUGCUGUCCUGGUUGCAGUGGGCAGAGACUACACUAACUGAAAAAGAUAAAGAGGUUAUCCCCCAGGAGAUUGAGGAAGUUAAAGCGCUUAUAGCUGAACAUCAGACAUUCAUGGAAGAAAUGACCAGAAAACAGCCUGAUGUGGAUAAAGUUACAAAGACCUAUAAAAGGAAAGCACUUGAACCCUCUCCAGUACAAUCGCAUAUUCCUGUCCUUGAUAAGGGGAGAGCAGGAAGAAAGCGUUCCCCAACACCAGGCAUUUAUCCAUCAGCAGCCCAGGCACAAAUUGAAACCAAGAAUCCACGGGUAAACCUUUUAGUCAGCAAAUGGCAGCAAGUUUGGCUUCUGGCCUUGGAAAGAAGAAGAAAACUUAACGAUGCUCUGGACAGACUUGAAGAGCUGAGAGAAUUUGCCAACUUUGAUUUUGAUAUUUGGAGGAAAAAAUACAUGCGAUGGAUGAACCACAAGAAGUCUCGCGUGAUGGACUUCUUUAGGAGGAUUGAUAAAGAUCAGGAUGGAAAGAUUACAAGACAGGAAUUUAUCGAUGGAAUUCUUUCUUCAAAAUUCCCUACAAGCCGACUUGAAAUGAGUGCUGUUGCAGACAUUUUUGAUAGAGAUGGUGAUGGAUAUAUUGACUAUUAUGAAUUUGUAGCAGCUCUUCAUCCGAACAAGGAUGCAUACAAGCCUCUCACAGAUGCUGACAAAAUUGAAGAUGAGGUUACAAGGCAGGUAGCGAAAUGUAAAUGUGCGAAGCGGUUUCAAGUGGAACAGAUUGGGGAUAACAAGUACAGGUUCUUCCUGGGAAAUCAGUUUGGUGACUCUCAGCAACUGCGCCUUGUUCGUAUCCUAAGAAGUACGGUCAUGGUCCGUGUUGGAGGUGGCUGGAUGGCACUUGAUGAGUUCUUAGUGAAAAAUGAUCCUUGCCGUGCUAAAGGGAGGACAAAUGUGGAGCUGCGUGAAAAAUUCAUUUUGGCAGAUGGUGCCAGUCAGAGCAUGGCAGCUUUCCGACCAAGGGGCCGUAGAUCACGACCCUCUUCAAGAGGUGCUUCUCCCAACAGAUCCACUUCUCUGUCAAGUCAAGCUGGCCAGGCAGCUGCCCCACAAGCUGUUACAACAAGUACACCGAAGACACCACAUCAUUUAACACGCAACUAUGGUAAACCAUGGUUGACAAACAGCAAAACAUCAACUCCUUCUAAACCACCAGAAUCCUCAGACUAUCAAGGGUCAUCUGCAGAGGGAACACCAAUUCAAGGAAGUAAACUCAGACUGCCAGGGUACCUAUCAGGGAAGGGUUUCCACUCAGGAGAAGACAGUGGCAUCCUGUCAACAGCAGCCACCAGAGUCAGAGCUCAGUUUGCAGAAACCCGAAGAACUCCAAGCAGACCUGGCAGCCGAGCAGGUAGCAAGGCUGGCAGCAGGUCAAGCAGCCGCCGAGGCAGCGACGCGUCUGACUUUGACAUUUCGGAAAUCCAGUCUGUGUGCUCAGAUAUGUCAGAGACUGUUCCUGCUACAAGCAGGCCGACACCCCGAGCAGGUUCUCGGCCAGGAUCCACCAAGCCUUCUAAAAUUCCAACUCCCCAGAGAAGGCCACUAGCCAGCAAAUCGGACAAGUCCUUGAAGAGAUAAUAUGAUUGGCUCCAUGAAGGUCUUUUCCUUUUACAUUAAAUAUUUAAGUUCAUAAGAUGUAAAAUAUUAUGUAGAAAUUACUGUGAAAUAUCGCAAGAGGUGGGUUUUUAAUUCUGCAGAUGGCCUUAUUUGUGUAUUUGUCUUCUUAUUUUAUGUGUAUAAUUUUUGUCAGAUUCUUUUUCGUUUUGCCAUAUCCCGUGAGAAGGGGAAGAGUUCUAAUGUAAACUAACAGUUGUACACAGUAACAUGUAGAAAGUACACUAAAAAUAAUUGCCGAAUGUACAGUGUACUGAAUGUACAGUAAGUCUCUGCAACCUCAAUAAAAAAGGCCUAUCACUAUGUCAUUAGUUAACAGUAAAGGAUACCUCAUGAUUUUUCUUUAAAAAAGAAAAAGAGAAUACUGAAAGCCAAAAGACACAAUUACACAUUUUGAGCUAACUAAACAAACACUAAACGAUGUAUGUUAAAACUUCUAAGGAAUACAAACACACAUUCACAGUACCCUUAUUUAUACAGCAUCUCUCAGAGAACUCACAGAGUUAAUUAAGCACUUGCCAAUAAUAUGAUAUUCCAAUACCUUGCAGCAUUUCUGUGCCAUUGCUUUCAAUGAGGCCAGACACAUUCUGGAUAUCUGAACUAUUAUUCUGUAAGAAUAUCAAUAUAAAGUGCAUUCAUGUAAAUGUGAGGUUUUCUUUCGCUUGAGUGGAUGGUAGCACUGUAUCAUUGAACUCAUUUUGUAUCAAAGCAAUUUUGCUUGCAGAAAGCUCAGAAAUAAACAUGUCCCUUAACUUUAUUUCUAUUGUAUUUCUUAUUUCACAGGAAGGUAAUUUUCAGCGUUAUGUUUUAGAGCAUAUGCCAUUUCAGAUGACCAAUAAUUACCAUAGGAACACAGGCUUUAAUGUUAUUUCCCAUUACCAGCUAUCUGAUUUUGGUUAGCUACUGUAUUUGUUUAAUAAAACACUAAAUUGCACAUAUCA